CAACCAACCCCCUCCCCCUCUCUCUCCGCUCUCUCUGUUUCUCUCUCUCUCUGCGGGGGCCGUGGCUCCGCCAUUACUCGGCUUGCGGGAGCUGGGCAGCGCGGCCGUGGAGUUCCCGUGAGCUCCUUCCCUCCCUCCCUCCCUCCAUCAGGUCAGGCGGAGAGCACCCCCUGAGUCACUAGUCCCCUUCCUUCGCCACCACCAACACCAACCCGCUCCCCUCCCUCCCCCGAAAGAGACGCCCGAUUCCUACGACGCGUACGUAAAUUAUUACUCCUCCUCCCAAAGGUGGGAGGGGAAUUCCAUUCCUCCCCUCCGGAAAACAACCUCCCGUCCCCUUUUCUUUUCUUCCUCCACCCGCCGAAUCGCGCUCCGCUCCGUCGCCGAUCUGGCGCUGCCGGGCGGAUUGCUGCUGGCUCCGUGGCGGCGCUGUCAAUGCGGGUGGCUCUGACGAACCCCGACCCCGACCCCGGCCGGUGGUUGCGCUGCGCGGAUGGGGGACGCCUGCGGCCCGCGGAAAUCUGACGCCAACGCCCACGACGACCUGCCUCCGGCGGUGACCCGCAGGCCAUCGACCCCGCGGCGGCACCCCUCGCCGAAUGCCGGUGCACCAGCCACCCCGAGGCGGCACCCCUCGCCAAAUGCUGCCCCCGCGGCUCCAUCCACCCCGAGGCGGCACCCCUCGCCGAAUGCCGCUACGGGGGUGGCUGGGUCGCACGGGAAGAGGUCCCAGUCCACCGACCGGCGGUCCGGGAGCCCGGCGAGGCCGGCCUCCGGCGGCGGUUCCAGGGCGGCCGCGCCGUCCAGGAUCUCCGCCCAGACGUCGCCGCCCUCCAGCCCCUCCUCCUCCUCCUCCAGCUCCUCCACGCCCGUGCGCGACGCCGUCUCCGACACGCAGAGCGCCCCGAGGAGGCUGUCCAGCGGAGGCGGCAGGGCCCCCGACGGGCUGUGGCCGUCAAUGCGGAGCCUCUCCUCCUCGCUCCAGCUCGAGCCCAGGGACCGGAGGGCCGCGGAUCAGGCCAGGGCGAGGGACGCGUCGGCGGCGGCCGACAGGAAGAGGAGCCCGAUGAGGGGGCGGAGCGGCGGCGGCGAGCCGCCGGAGAACCCGCACGCCAGGGUGAUUGACCACCACCGCUGGCCGGCCAUGAUGGGGGGCAGGGUGUCCGGCAGCGCCAUGUCCAGGAGCGUGGAUCUCACUGACAAGAUGCACAGGCCACGCGGCGGGGCUUCGCCCAAGAGGACGGCGUCGAUUUCAUCCGCCGCAAGCGCCCUGUCAAGAAGCAUUGAUCUCGCCGACAAAAUCGACCGAUUGGUCUCCUCAUCCAGAGGGGAGGAGUCACCUAGAAGAUCCUCUGCUUCAAAUGGCACAGCUGAUACAUCAAAAAGGAGCAUCACUGAUGGUAAAGAUGCCAGACCUGCAGCCAUGGCAGUUCCAUCAAGAGGGAUGAUUUCUCCUGUGAGAACAGCAAGGGCCCUGUCCAAGAGCAUGGAUCUUACUGAAAGAGAUUACAGUAUGCUCUCCUCCGCAGUGUCAAGUCUCUCAGUAUCAAGUGUGUCUAAUGCCACAUCGCAAACCGCAAAAUCUUCUGAGAAGCCGAAUGGACGUGCUUCUUCCCCAGCCUUGUCACGGGGACAUUCACCUAGAACAUCAGCAACAUCUGGCGGCAGCAUUGCCGGUAUAUUGAAAAACACUGAUGCCCCUGAAAAAGAUAAGAGACCAGCUUCAUCUAGAGGGACUUCGCCAAGAAGGCCACUUGCUUCUGAUGGUGUUAAUGCUAUUGUUAAAAAUAUGGAUCUUUCUGAGAAGGAUAGCAGGACAGUCAUCUCCUCGGUUCCAUCUCGAGCGGUAUCUUCCCCAAGGAGAAGACAGGCUUCUGAUGCUAUUGAUGCUAUGCCAAGAAGCUCAGAUUUUCCUGAAAAAGAUAACAGACCAUCCACAUCAUCUUCAUUGCGUGGGGUUUCUCCACGAAGAAGGCUUGGCUCUGAUGGUUUCAGUGGUAUAUCAAAAGGGGUGGAUUGUGCUGAUAAAGCUAGCACACCAUCCACCUCAUCAGCUGCAUCGCGAGGUGUUGCACCAAGAACUCAAGUGAUAUCUGAUUGUGUUGGUACUACAUCAAAGGGCAAGGAUUCUGCUGAUAAAGAUAAUAGACCAUCAACCUCAUAUGCUACAUCACGAGGUAUGUCACCACGAAGAAGGCUUGCAUCUGAUGGUAUUAGCUCCAUUUCAAGUAGCAUCAACUUCGCUGAAAAGGAUGGAAGAAUUGUGGCCUCUUCAGUUGCACAUCGUGGGAUCUCAACUAUAAGGCGUCUUGCGUCUGAUGGUGUUGAUAUUAUACCAAAGAGUAUGGAUAGUCCUGAGAAAGAUGUCAGACCCUCCACUUCAGACGGUUCAAGAGGUCUUUCGCCAAGAAGAAGACUUGUGUCUGAUGGUGUCAAUGUUAUACCCAAGCGCAUGGAUCUUUCUGAAAAAGAUACCAGACCUGCCACCUUGUCAACUGCAUCACGGGGAGUUUCACCAAGAAGAAGACUCGCCUCUGAUAAUGUAGAAGCAAUGUCAAAGAGCUCAGAUUCUGUUGAAAAAGAAACAAGAUCAUCCGCUUCGUCGGUGGCAUCACGGGGCGUUUCACCAAGAAGAAGACUUGCCUCUGAUAAUGUAGAAGCAACAUCAAAGAGCUCAGAUUCUGUUGAAAAAGAAACAAGACCAUCCACUUCAUCAAUGGCAUCACGAGGGGUUUCACCAAGAAGAAGACUCGCCUCUGAUAAUGUAGAAGCAACAUCAAAGAGCUCAGAUUCUGUUGAAAAAGAAACAAGACCAUCCACUUCAUCAAUGGCAUCACGAGGGGUUUCACCAAGAAGAAGACUCGCCUCUGAUAAUGUAGAAGCAACAUCAAAGAGCUCAGAUUCUGUUGAAAAAGAAACAAGAUCAUCCACUUCAUCGAUGGCAUCACGAGGGGUUUCACCAAGAAGAAGAAUCGGCUCUGAUAGUGUAGAAGCUAUAUCGAAGAGCUCAGAUUUUGCUGAAAAAGAAACAAGACUCGCCUCUGAUAGUGUAGAAGCUAUAUCGAAGAGCUCAGAUUUUGCUGAAAAAGAAACAAGACCAUCCACUUCAUCAGUGGCAUUACGGGGGGUUUCACCAAGAAGAAGACUUGCCUCUUAUAGUGUAGAAGCUAUAUCAAAGAGCUCAGAUUUUGUUGAAAAAGAAACCAGAUCGUCCACUUCGUCAGUGGCAUCACGAGGGGUUUCACCAAGAAGACGACUUGCUUCGGAUGGUCUCAAUACUUUAUCGAAGAGCACUGAUUUAUCUGGUAAAGACUACAGGCCAUCAACCUCAGCAGCUGCAUCACGAGGGACUUCGCCCAGAAGCAGGAUUGCCUCUAAUUCCGUUGAUGCCCCGUCAAGAAGCAUGACUUUUGCUGAUAAAGAGAGCAGACCCUCCACCUCAUCAGGAGCAUCACGUGGGACUCUACAGAGAGGCGUGCUUGCUUCUGGUAGCAUUGUGGAUCCUGUGGACAAUGGUAGUGAACGAUCCACCUCAUCGGCUGCAUCUGGUGGGACUUCAGACAGUAGACUUGACAGUACUGAUGCUCAAGUAGAAGCCAUCCAGUUUGCUGAGGAAGUUAAUUCAGUAACUCCAGAUGGCUGUAGUGAUGAUACUUCAGAAAGCAUGUAUUCUGGUAAUGUAGGCACAGAUGCAGCAUCCUUGUCCAUUGCGGUGCAAGAUAGGCAACCAAGCAGAUCUGUUUCUGAUGUCAGUGAGGAUAUGUCACAGAGUGUGGAUGCAACUCAAAAACAUAACAGAGCCAUCUCGGUAAAGGUUCCAUCUCGAGGAACUUCUCCAAGAAGGCGUCUUGCAUCUGAUGGCAUUAAUACUAUGCUCAAAAGCAUGGAUUUUGCUGAGAAAGAUAAGAGACCCAUGACCAUGUCAGUAUCAUCGCGUGGAAUGUCACCAAGAAGAACAGCAAGAGUGGACUCUGCUAAUAUAAUGUCAAAAAGCAUGGAUUUUUCUGAUAAGUGUAAUGGACAAAUAUCUUCAAUAAUUCCAUCGCGAGCGGUUUCUACACGAAAAAUACUGGGACCAGAUGGUGCUAAUGCCAUGUCGAGAAGUGUGGAUCUGACUGAUAACUUCAGACAACCAGUCUCUUCAACAGUGCAACCAAGUAGAGUUUCACCAAGGAAGAUGCCUUAUGCGAGCCCAGGUUCUGCCAAUGGAAAUGGAAUUCAAGAGGAAAAUGCCAGUUCAAGUCCAGAUGCACCUUCAAAUAAUUCAGAAAGAUUUGCACCUCCAAAGCAGUUGGCAAGGACACUGUCUUCACCAUCACGUGGUCUACUAUGUCCUUCAUCACCAACCAAGGCUUCAUCAACAUCAUCACUUGCCUCUAGGAGGUUGCCGAGCCCAUUGAGGAUUAGACCUUCAACACCUGUCUCACCAUGUAGUUCUGGUAGAUCCGAUUCCCCCUCUUCUCUUCUCAACUACAUUGGUGAUGCAACAAGAGGAAAGAAGAGCCCAAGCCACAUGGAAGAUGCCCAUCAGUUGCGCCUCCUGUAUAAUAGGAACUUGCAAUGGCGUUUUACAAAUGCUUAUGUGGAUGAAAUGCUAUCAAUCCAGAAGAUGGGUGCCGAGACUAUGCUCUACAGUGUAUGGGAUAGUAACUCAAGGAUGUCUGACUCUAUGGUUACGAAAAGGAGUUAUGUUGAAAGGCUGAGGCAAGAGGUCAAAUUGGGAAUAGUGUUGAAACAACAAAUGGACUACCUCGACCACUGGGAAGAGUUGCAAACAGAUCAUUCUACUUCUUUGUCCGGUGCAAUUGAAGCUCUUAGAGCAAGUACAUUGCGCCUUCCAGUUACAGGAGGAGCAAAGGCUGAUGUACUUACUGUUAAGAAUGCUGUCAGUUCAGCAGUUGACAUUAUGCAAGCAAUGGGCUCUUCUGUUUGCAACUUGCUAUCGAAGUUAGAGGCUACACACUCUCUGGUUACAGAACUCUCAGCUGUUGCUGCUAAAGAAAGCACUACCCUUAAUGAGUACAGAGAGCUCUUGGGUACAGCGGCAGCACUGCAGGUCCACGAGUCCAGCCUAAGGACACAACUCAUACAAGAAACAGAGUGAACAACUUAAUCCCUUGUAUGUCUAACUAAGAAGAUAGAGGUAACCACACCAUUCAUUAGUUCUCUGUAACCGUAACGUGAAUAUGUGUAUCUUCAGUUUGUUCCCCACCCCCUUUCUUUUUCUUCCUCUUUGUUAGGUACCCCCCAAAUUUCUCUUUUUUUUUUUCAUUUCUACCUCCCAUGCCCUUUUCUAUUUGUACAACCUGCAUGGAAGAGAAGUGCAGCAAGCAAAAUCAUGGAUUCACCAUGACGACGGACCUGUCAGUGUUAUUUUGUAUAGCAGCUCACAAACUGAGGAUGUCGAGGUUCCUAAAGCCUGUUGUAAAUUAUAGCAGCUCCUCUGCCUUUUGUUGUU